AUGGUUGUGGCAGAUGCAGUCAGAUCUGUAUUGCAAUUUGGAACAAAAUCUGAUUUCACCUUGCUGUUUGUUUUAAGUUGGGGUAUUUGGUUUAGACGCAAUAAAAUACAAAUGGAACAGAUGGUGUUAGACCCUAUGGAUAGUGCUGGCCAUGCCUUAUCUCUUCAUAAAGCCUUUCCUGAGGUUAGAAGGGUUAUCUUUGCUGAUGUGAGGAACUCUUAUAGAUGGCAACCUCCUCCUGCGGGUUGUUUUAAGGUCAAUGUUGAUGGUGCAAUUUUUAGGGAGCAGAGAAAGGCUGGUGUUGCUGUAGUGCUGAGGGACACGCAUGGUGAGAUAGUGAUGGCAGCUACUAAAGUUGAGUCUGAAGUGGAAGGUCUUGCUACAAUUGAACUGGUUGCAGUUAUGAGGGGCUUACAGUUAUGCUUGCCUUUGGGAAUACCUAACUUAGUGGUCGAAUCAGAUUGUUUGCCUUUAGUUCAACAACUCCAAACUACUGCAGAUUCAGAGGACUCUUAUGCACCAGAUGAGAACUUGGUUGCAGAGGUUAGGCAUUUGCUAUCUCGGUUCCAACAAGUUCAAGUUGUACAUGUAUCUAGAUGGGGAAAUGGGGUGGCCCACACUUUGGCAAGACAUGCUUGGAAUCUUGCACACCAUUAUAAAAAAACUCCUCUAGCAGCUAGCUUGGUGAUGAAGAUGGAGGAAAGGCAGCAGCAGCAGCAGCUUCCUCCUGGGUUCAGGUUCCAUCCCACAGAUGAAGAACUCGUUACGUAUUAUCUGAAUCGGAAGGUGUCUGAUGUUAAUUUCACGUCAAAAGCUAUGGCAGUUGUUGAUCUCAACAAGUGCGAACCAUGGGACCUCCCAGGCAAGGCCACCAUGGGGGAAAAAGAAUGGUAUUUUUUCAACUUGAGAGACCGAAAAUACCCAACAGGACUUCGCACCAACCGAGCCACUGCAGCAGGAUAUUGGAAAACCACAGGGAAGGACAAGGAAAUAUUUCGAGCAGGAAUGCUUGUUGGGAUGAAGAAAACCCUAGUAUUCUACAAGGGAAGAGCCCCCAAAGGUGAAAAAAGCAAUUGGGUUAUGCAUGAAUACAGGCAAGAAAACAAUCAUAAUAUCCCUCCUUUAAUCAAAUCCACAAAGGAUGAAUGGGUUGUGUGUAGGGUUUUCCAAAAGAAUGUAGUGAAAAAACCACAGCAAACGCCCACGCUUUCCUCACAGGCGCCAUCUGAUGAUCUUGAUUCUCCAUGCGACACAAACUCAAAUAUUGUAAACGAGUUUGGAGACAUUGAGAUGCCAAAUUUAAACAGCUUUCAUGCAAAUUCAUGCAACGGAUUCAAUAACAUAUCACCACAAAGCUGUUACUACAGCGAUAACAACAUUAAUGUUAACAUGAUGAACAUGAACUGGGCUGCAACAAGGGACCAUGAUGAUCAUCAGGUGGCCACUACUGAUCUUUCAUCAUCCCUCUCGGCAUGGCCUUCUAGCCUUCAGCUAAGCUCUGGACUAUCGAUGAAUUCCUUGCUCCUUAAGGCAUUACAGCUUAGAAGUUAUCAGCAAAGAGAAGCUACAAAAACUCAUGACUACUCGUACAUGAUGCCGCAAGGUCAAGGGUUUUCUCAAUUUGGAAGCUGGGAUCACGAUUCAAGUACUAGUACUACUCCGAAUUUGCAGGCCUCAAGUUCAUCUAAAGGAUUGGAAUCUGUGCUGCAACAGCAGCAGUACUCGGAGCAAUUAUUAAUGGACUCCAUUUGGUGAUCGAGCAGCCAACCUCAAGUACUUAAUUUGAGAACUAACUUUGUUGUUACAAAACUUUCUUAUGACUUAUGAUCAUAACCCUGGAACUCUUAUACAUUGAAUGCUGUUUCAAGGGGCUAAGCCCAUGCCAAUAAUGUUAUUGUAUCUUAAUUAUUUGUUCAGUUGGUGUCUAGUUAUUAUAAGAUGUUAAAAUAGGGAAACUUCCCAGCUCUUGUGUUU